GAUCUGUGUUUAAAGAUAGAAAUUGGUACGGGUGAGCAGGAAGGAGGACUUUAUUACUUCAAGAGCCUGAAAAGAAGAUGGUGUGCAGUGCGAAGAAGGAGAGAAGUACAAAUGAGGUUAGCUCUUAUGAUGAAGAUGAAGAACUGCGGACGGAAGACCAGAUGGACCGUUCCAGGAGGGACGGUCAACCGGAGGAAAGCGGUAGAGCAGACAGGCUACAGACGAUCAACCUGAUGGACCGUUUGGAUGUCCGCGGUCGACCGUCCGAGAGGCAAAAUGACAGGUUCCUGAGAGAUGACCAAACGGUCGACCUAGUGGACCGUCCUGAUAUCCACGGUCGACCAUCCGCGAGGCAAAAUGACGUUUCUUUGAGAGAUGAUCAAACGGUCGACCGUGAUGUGGAAGACGGUCGACCGUCUCCGAGGCAGAAAGUUAGCGAUCCGGAACAGCUUCAGACGGCUGACCCUGUGGACCGCUCCACGGACAGCGGUCGACCGUCCUCUUCCCUUCAGGCGGUGGAGAACUUGGAACGUGGUCAGCGUGAGAAACGUCCAAAUAUCUGCUUCGGCUAUCACAUCUCCACCGAGAUCACGAGGACAAACGUGUUGGCAACCCUCUCCUUAAGUUCUGGUUCAUCUCUUGGACGUUACGAUCUGUUUGGCAUUGAAGAUCUCCUCUUUCAUGUAGAUCACAACCUUCUUCACGCAUGGGAAGCUCUGGGACGCGACGUGAAUGCUCUACAUUAGUGUAUAUUCUUUGUUUUUCCUCUCGAUUGUUCCCAGUAAUUCCUAGGGACCUGCUGCGUUUUAUAGGCUUCUCUUAACACAAUUCUAGUAGGAAUAAGUUAGUGGAAGUUGGCUUGAAUUCAACUUUCUUAAUCUUGAUCCACAAGUAGCCUAAAGAGUUGUGGUUCCUUAAUAAAUACAGCUGGAGUUAUUAU